AUGCCACCAAUUACCUGCCAUAUAUUAGACUCUACUAUCGGGAAACCGGCAUCCAAUGUAUUAUGCUGUUUAUAUAAAGUAGAUAUUAUAGAACCAAAUGAAACCAACGGGAACUUACAAGAAGGCGAACUUCUAUUCAAAGAUAAUGCCAGAUUAAUUGCUAUGGCACGCACUAACAACGAUGGACGUGUACAAAAUUGGAAUUUUAACCCUAAAGACAAUCAAGAAUGGUUGAACGAAAACGUCGGAGAGAUUGUAUUUGAUAAAUCAUCUGGAAUCAAAUGGAACAGUGUCAAAGAUGGGAAUUAUAAAAUUAGAUUUUUUGUUAAAGAGUACUUUAACAGGCAAAAGCCUGGUAAUAGUGGCGAUGUAAGUGAAAUUAACGGAUUUUAUUCCUUUGUUGAUAUAAAUUUUAUGAUUAAAGAUCCAUCUCAACAUUAUCAUAUACCUUUGUUGUUGACCAACUUUGGCUACACUACUUAUAGGGGUAGUUGA